UUCGCGGGCAGUACGUGGAGCUGGUCGUGUGCGGGUGUGGUUGGUCAGAGUUGUGCCGCAUUUAGUGGGGCGCUGGAGGCGGAAUUUACAAUAUGGCGCACCUGAUUAAGCCAUGGUACCGUAUUAGUGGGCCAUUGUCAUCCAUUGGUCCCAUUCAUGGAUUACUACGGAGCCAUGGCAUUUCAGCACCUUUUUUACCAGCUUCAUGCGCCAAAUGGAUAGGCACGUCAAGCUUGGAGUCUGAAUACCGGCCUCCACCGGCCCAGAUGCCCAAACUGACGGACAUCGGCUCCCGGGUCCUGUUCACGUCCGAUCACGACAUCUUCCGUGAAUCUGUCCGCAAGUUCUUCGAGACAGAAGUCAAGCCUCACCAUGCUCAGUGGGAGAAUGGCGGCCAGGUGAGCCGCGAGGUGUGGCUCAAGGCUGGCGAGCAGGGCCUGCUCGGCGUCAACACGCCCGCAGAGCAGGGCGGCAUCGGCGGCAACUGGCUCGACGCCGCCAUCGUGCUGGAAGAGCAGUCCUACAGCAAUUGCUCUGGCCCCGGAUUCGGCAUCCACAGCGACAUCGUGAUGCCGUACAUCUCCCACUAUGGCACGCAGGAGCAAAUAGAACGCUUCAUUCCGAGUCUCACGGACGGUUCCAAAAUAGGAGCCAUCGCCAUGACCGAGCCGGGUGCCGGCAGCGACCUGCAGGGUAUCCGCACAACGGCGGUCAAGGACGGCGACGACUUCAUCCUGAACGGCAGCAAAGUGUUCAUCACCAACGGCUUCAUGUGCGACGUGGUGAUUGUGGUGGCCAUCACGAACCCGACGGCCAAGUCUCCGGCGCACGGCAUCAGUCUCCUCCUGGUGGAGGCCGGCACGCCUGGCUUCCGCAAGGGCCGCAAGCUGCACAAGAUGGGCAUGAAGGCGCAGGACACGGCCGAGCUGUUCUUCGAGGACGUGCGCGUGCCGCGCUCGGCUUUGCUCGGUCCCGAAAACGGUGGUUUCUAUCAGCUCAUGCAGGAGCUGCCGCAGGAGCGGCUACUUCUCGGCCUCAUGUCAAUGGCCGGCAGCGAGUGGGCGUUCGAGGAGACGCGCGAGUACCUGAUCAACAGAAAGGCGUUUGGCAAGACGCUCAGUAACCUACAGACGAUCCAGCACCGUCUGGCGGCGAUGAAAACGGAGCUGGCUGUGUGUCGCGCCUUCACCGACCAGUGCAUCGGGCUGCAUGCGCGGGGCAAGCUGGACGGUUCCAUGGCUUCCAUGAGCAAGUAUUGGACGACCGACAUGCUGAACCGAAUCGUGUACGAAUGUGUCCAGCUGCACGGCGGCUGGGGCUACAUGUGGGAGUACCCUAUCUGCCGGGCCUACGUCGACGCUAAGGUUCAGACCAUCUACGGUGGAAGCAACGAGAUCAUGCGUGAACUGAUAGCCCGUCCCAUAGUGUCCAAGAAGUGAGCGAAUCCACUGGUGUCGUGUUUUUGUGCAAUAUUCGAACAUUGCAAUGUGUCAUCUAGGCAACUGACUGCAUGUCGAAAUUUCCAAACUGAAAAUGCUGUCGGAGAAAAUGCUGGUUAUUCAACUGGAGCCGUCAGCCUGUAAUCCGCGGCCGCGGGUGAUUUGCGUCCUAUCGUCAUGUGUCAUUCUUUUCACAUGCGGUGAUGUGACGUCGACCCAUGUCGCAUCAGCCGCUUCAAAACUGGUCCGCUCUUUCCAGACCGUUGUUGUAUCGUAUAAUGUUUCCAUCCAGCGAACGAUACGAGAUAUUAUGUUGGUAUUUGGAGGUAUUUUACGGCUGUUUUAACUAUGGUGCGGGGACAUAGAUCAAAUGAGAGACUAAUCGACGCAAUGCUAAUAGUCAGUUAUAUCGCUGGUGAGCUUCGGACACUAAUCGUGUCAUGACGUUGUGCUAUCCUAGUGUCGAUGCUGAGUGUUUUAGAUGAUCGAUGGGCCGCACGUGAGUGCUGCAUGUAUGCCCAGUGGUCUUCCAGACCAAGUGGAUAGUGCUAGCAUAGAGUAUUCAAAUGUAUGUCUGCGGAUUAAGGCAUGAAGAAGUGAGGUGCUGAGCUUUGUGAUGCGUAAGAUAUGAAUGUGAUCAUCGAAGUGUUGUAGAAACAGACCGUACAUAUUUCCAAAGACAAUUUUGUAGGGUGCGAGGAAUCGUGUAACUACAAUAGCACGUAAUACAUGCAAGCAAAAGUA